AUUAGUUCUACUUGUGCCUCUCGAGCGUUCGCAGUCCGCAAUGAAAGUAUUCGUAUGUCUUCUGGCUCUGACAGCCAUCCUGGCAACCGCCAACGCCGGUCUCCUCAGUCUGCUCAAGGGAGGCGGUGGUGGUGGUGGCGGUGGCUAUGGCGGCGGAUACGGUGGUGGCUACGGCGGCGGCUACGGAGGUGGUGGGUAUGGAGGCGAGAGCACCGUGAAGGUCAUUAAAGUGAUAACCGAUUCCGGAGCUGGCGGUGGCUACCGCGGAGGAUACGCAGGUGGCUAUGGAGGUGGCUACGGAGGUGGCUACGGAGGUGCCUACGGUGGUGGCUACGGAGGUGGCAGCACUGUUAAAAUUAUUAAAGUGAUCACCGAUUCCGGAUCCGGCUACGGAGGUGGAUACGGUGGAGGUGGCUGGACCUCGGGCAGCUACGGGGGCAGUUACGCUGGUGGCUACGGUGGUCAGUCCGGAUGGUGGAAGACGAAGUGAGCAGAUGAACCACUCUCCUUUUAGAUGUAGUCCGGAUAUAAACUCGUUUAUGUACCUGAAAAAAAAACAUUCCAUAGCCAAGUAACCCGAAUCUCUUUAAUGCCAGUUAUUUCCAAGUUAGCGAAACUAGUUUGAGAUGAUCCGCAGACUGCUUGGCGAACUCAAAAAAAAAUAAAUCUUAAUUUAAAU